AUGUUGCAAGCACGGGGAGGCUCGGAGGGUGGGGAGGUUAAGGAGGGCAAAGAGGGAAAGGAGGGUAAGGUUGGUGCGAUGGGUGAGGAGGGAUGUGAGCGGGGCGGACGGGCAGAAGGAGAGGGAAAGGGAGAGGCUUUGGAAGCGAGUGAGAGUGUAGUUAGGCGAGAGGAGGAGAAGGAGAGGAGGGAGGAGGGGAAGGAGGAGGGGAAGAAAGAAGGGAAGGAGGAGGGGAAGAAAGAAGGGAAGGAGGAGGGGAAGAAAGAAGGGAAGGAGGAGGGGAAGGAGGAGGGGAAGAAAGAAAGGAAGGAGGAGGGGAAGGAGGAGGGGAAGAAAGAAGGGAAGGAGGAGGGGAAGGAGGAGGGGAAGAAAGAAGGGAAGGAGGAGGGGAAGGAGGAGGAAAAGAAAGAGGGGAAGGAGGAAGAGAAGGAGGAGGGGAAGGAGGAGAGGAGGAAGGAGGAAAGGAGGGUGGAGGAGAAGGAGGAGGGGAAUGUGAAGGAGAAGGAGGAGGGGAAGGAGGAGGGAAAGGCGGGGAAGGAGGAGGGAAAAGGGGAGGGGAAGGAGAAGGGGAGGGAGGAGGGGAAGGGGGAGGGGAAGGAGGAGGGGAAGGAGGAAGAGAAGGAGGAGCAGAAUGAGGAGGGGAAGGAGGAGAGGAGGAAGGGGGAGGGAAAUGAGGAGGUAAAGGAGGGGAAGGAGGAGAGGAGGGAGGAGGAGGAGGUGAAAAGGGAGAAGGGGAAAGAGGAGGUAAAACAGGAGGGAAAGGAGGCGGUUGGAGGAGCGGGAGAGGGUAGUGAGAGAAAGGCAGAUGAGAGUGUUGAGAAGGGACGUAGUGAGAAGGACGGAGCAGUUACAGAGGAAGAAAAGAAGACGAGAGAGGUAGAGGAGAAGAAAAAAGAGGUGGAAGAAAAGAAGAAAAAAAUAGAGGAAAAGAAGAAAGAGGUGGAAGAGAAGAAGAAGAAAAUAGAGGAGAAGAAGAAACAGGUAGAGGAGAAGAAGAGUCAUGCAGGGAAGGAGGAAGGUGAAAAGGGGAAGAAGGAGGAGGAAGGCGAGAAGGGAGAGGAAGGGGAGAAGCAAAACGAGGAAGAGAGAAAGCAGAAGGAAGAGAAGACGAAGAAGGGGAGGGAAGACGAAGGAGGGCGCGAAGCAAGCUUGGAAGAUAAAACCAGUGAAGAAGGGAAAGUCAAAGAAGCAGGAAGAGCAGGAGAGAAAGAUCUCGCCAGCCCAGAAAGAGGAACAGCAGCACCAUCUGCCUCCGCUCCCCUUUCUCCUCCCCUUUCUCCUCCCCUUUCUCCUCCUCUUUCUCCGCCGUUUUCACCGCUCCUGACCGUCUGUAUUGAAGAGCUGCAGAAGAGAGGGAGCAAUGGUAUCCCCCUCCGCACGCUCGCUCUCUCUGUUGCCUCCAGGUGUUCCGAGCUCUGUGGAAAACACCUGAGAGGCUCUGCUGCUGCCAGUGAGUUGCGCCGGAAGCUCCAGGGCAGAGAAAGUGUUUUCGAGAUUGGGCAGGGACCGGACGAGGUGGUCCGAUUGGUGGACACGGAGGCGAAGCUACCCAAAAGGAAGAAGAAAGGGGAGGUUGCUGGUAGGGUGGUAAGUGAGAAGGCUGGGGAAGGCGGGGAGGAGGGGAAAGGAGGUGGAGGUGAGAGGGAGGGGUGGGUGGACGAUACAGAGAAGAAACGGGGUAAGAGUAAGGAUUCGAAUACGGAUAGGCAGCAGCAGCAAAUGCAGCAGCAGAAGGAUAAGAAGGAUAAGAAGGAUAAGAAGGAGCAGAAGGAUAAGAAGGAUCAGGGAGGCAGCAAAGAGCAGGAGGAUGGAAGCAAAGGCGAGUUUGACCCGCUGUUAGCUAUCAGCAACUCGCCCAAAGGUGCACGGCGAGGCGCUCCCAGGAAGAAACCCUUAGAAGCGCUGCUGGCAGUGGGGGCUCCAGGGGGGGCUUCAGUGGGGAGGGAGCAGGGCGGGGAGCACCGGGAAGGGGUGGGUUUGAGCCGACUCAAGCAGCAGAGGGGGAGAGGGCGGGAGGAGGGGGAGGGGAAGGUUGGGGAGGGUGAUGGGAGGAAGUUGGCUGGGGAGGAGGGGGAAGGUGGUGUGGGAAAGGGGGAAGGUGGUGUGGGGAUGAGAGGUGCAGGUGGUGGUGCGAGAGGGGGUAAAGGGAGAGGAAGAGCGGGGGGGAGGAAUUGGGGGAGUGCGAUUGCGGUGCUGCUGGAAACAGGGGAGGCGGGUGACAGAGACGGGGGAAGCAGGGAGAAGGGGACGACGGACGGGGGGAAGACAGAAGGGGGGAAGAUGGAAGGGGGGAAGAUGGAAGGGGGGAAGAUGGAAGGGGGGAAGAUGGAAGGGGGGAAGAGGGAGGAGGGGAAGACGGAUGGGGGGAAGGCGGAAGGGGGGAAGACGGAUGGGGGGAAGGCGGAAGGGGGGAAGACGGAUGGGGGGAAGGCGGAAGGGGGGAAAACGGAUGGGGGGAAGGCGGAAGGGGGGAAGACGGAUGGGGGGAAGGCGGAAGGGGGGAAGACGGAUGGGGGGAAGGCGGAAGGGGGGAAGACGGAUGGGGAGAAGGCGGAAGAGGGGAAGACGGAUGGGGGGAAGGCGGGAGGGGGGAAGACGGAUGGGGGGAAGGCGGAAGGGGGGAAGACGGAUGGGGGGAAGGCGGAAGGGGGGAAGACGGAUGGGGAGAAGGCGGAAGAGUGGAAGACGGAUGGGGGGAAGGCGGAAGGGAUGAAGGCGGAUGGGAAGAAGGCAGAGGGGGAAAAGAUGAAAGGGGGAAAGGCCGAUGUGGGGAAAACAAAUGGGAGGAAGACGAACGAGGGGAAGAGAGAGGGUGGAAAGACGGAUGUGGCGGAUGAAGAGAAGAAAGAUGGUGAGGAUGCUGAUGCUGCUGUUGACCUGCAGAGUGAAUCUACUGAUGCUGGUGGUGAUGGUGGUAUUGGUGGUGGUGGUGAUGGUAAUGGUGGUGAUGGUGGUGGUGGUGAUGGUGGUGAUGAUGAUGCUGCUGUUGUGCUGGAUAGCAGCAGUGAGGACGCAGUGGAGGUGAUUGGUGGGAAGCGGAAAGGGAAGGGGGCGAAGGGGAAAGGGAGAAUGGGCACAAAAAAGAGCGGGAAGCGCAGUAGGAAAGGGGAGGAGAAGCAGAAAGGGAAGAAAAAACAGGAAGAGGAGGAAGUGGAGGAGGUAGAGGAGGAGGAAGAAGAGGAGGAAGAAGAGGAGGAAGAAGAGGAGGAGGAGUGGCAAGCAGGAGAAGCGAGGGAGAAGGGCCGGAGGCAGAAGGGCCAGGGGAAGGAGCAGCAGAAGGGGCCGGGUAAAGGCAAGACUGCAGGGACGGGUGCAGACGGGACGGGGCCAACAGCGGGGUUGAGAAAGGUGUCUAAAGAGACAUCAAAGGAGACGUUGAAGGAGGUGCAGGUGAAGGGAGGUGUGAAGAGGAACGCAAAAGGGGAUGCGAAGGAGGAUGGUAAGGGGCAUGGGAAGGGGGAUGGGAAAGGGGAUGGGAAGGCGGAUGGGAAGGGGAAUGGGAAGGGAGGUGCAAAGGCAGCAGAGGCUGCUGAACCAGCCGUCAUCAGUAGUCCUAGGAGGACCAGUGCGAGUGGCGGGGGCAGAAGGAGCAAGGCUGUUCCAAUCCGUGCUGCUGCUGCUGCUGCUGUUGCCUCCCCGCCCGGGCCCUCUUCACCCCUCGCCUCUCCCACCGCUGCUUCUCCCUCUGCUGCCAAGAGGAGGAGGAGCGAUGGGAAGGAAACAAGUGUGGUGGAGACGAGGGGUACUGGUGGAGGGGCAGGAGAAGGCAGCAAAGGCGGCGGUAAGGGCAGCAGGAGCAGCAAGAGGGGCAAGGCGGCGCAGGGACGUGGGACAAGCACUGGAACAGGCAGUGGUGGUAGCAGUGGCGAGGAGGACGAGGAGGGUGGUCGCGUUUCUCCUGCUGCUCCUGCUGCUCCUGCUCCUGCAGUGGUGGCGGCUGCUAGAUCAGGCAGGCCGCACCGUGCUGCUGCUGAGAAGGCCAGUUCGUUGGGUGCAGCGGGGCUGUCCUCUCCGUCUACCCCAAGCAAAGCCAUUCGGGGCAUGAAUCGCAUGUGCCACCAGUGCCAGCGCAACGAUAAGGAGGAGGGCGUGGUGUACUGCCAGCGCGUGCCCACCCACCGCUUCUGCCUCCCCUGCAUCCGCCAAUGCUGGGGCGGAGUGGGGAAGGGAGGGGGCAUGUAUGCACAGCAGCAGCAGCAGCAGCAGCAGCAGCAGCAGCAGCAGCAGCAGCAGCAGCAGCAGCAGCAGCAGCAGCAGCAGCAGCAGCAGCAGCAGCAGCAGCAGCAGCAGCAGCAGCAGCAGCAGCAGCAGCAGCAAGAGGAGGAGGAGCAGACGAGUAUGGAAGCAACAGCUCAGACAUCCAUCAUUGACCUUUUCCGCAGCUGCCCGGACAAGGACUGUGAUUUUGACCUCUGCCUUUCCUGCUGCAGAGAUUUGCGGGCGGGGAAGGUACCCCCAGGAGAGGUGUUUUCUGAAGAGUCUGAGGGAGGAGAUGGGGAGGAGGAGGGAGAGGAAGAAGGGAGAGGAGAGAAGGAGGGAAGAGAUGAUGAGGUUGAAACUGAAGGAGGAGGGGGAAAAGGAGGGGUGAAAGGCAAGAAAAGGAAGGGUUCUUCGGGGUUAGGAAAGGCGGGCAAGAAAAGGAAGGCUGGCAGUGGUGGUGGGAGUUGGUCGACUAAUGGAGGAUCUGUUGCGAGCAUGCUGAUGAAAGAGCUGGGAUUGUCUGCGGAAUUAGAGGAAAAAGGUGGUGCUGGUGCGGUUGAUGCUGCUGUUGAUGCUGAUGGUGGGGAUGGUGGGGAUGGAAGGGAUGGAGGCGGUAGGAAGGCGAAUGGGGUGAGAGUUCCUUGGGUUGCUGAUGCUUCGGGGGCGAUUCGAUGCCCUUCUGUGCGCUGCAGAGUGGUGGAUGGAGGCAGGGGGGAGGGUAACGAGGAAAGGAAGGAGUGUGGGGAGGAGGGAGGGAAGAACGGGGAGAAGGCACGUGAGGAAGGGAAGAAGGGCAAGCCGGAGAGAGGGGAUGGAGAGGAGGGGGGUCGGGUGGAUGGGGAUGGUGUUUCGGUCGCAGAUGCUAUGGAAGUGGAGGGUGUCGCGAGUGAGAAGGUGGAAGGGAAGAUGGGUGAGAAGGAGGUGGGCAAGGAAGCUGGUGGAAAGGUGGAAGAAAAGGUGGUAGGGAAAGUGGAAGGGAAGAUGGAGGAGAUCAAGCAGGAAGAGCAGUGGGAGAGCAAGAAUAGGCUGGUGCUGUGCAGUGUGAGGGGCCGCGGGUGGCUGGAGGGGCUCCUUCAUCAGUGUGAGCAGCAUGUGGGGGGUGAUGGGGGAGAGGGGGUAAAGGGAGAGGGGAAGAAAGGAGAAGGGGAGAAGGGAGAGGGGAAGAAAGGAGAAGGGGAGAAGGGAGAGGUGGAGAAAGGAGAGGGGGAAAAGGGAGAAGGGGAAAAGGGAGAGGGGGAAAGUGGAGAGGGGGGAAAGGGAGAGGGGAAGAAAGGAGAAGGGGAGAAGGGAGAGGGGGAAAAGGGAGAGGGGGAAAAGGGAGAAGGGGAAAAGGGAGAGGGGGAAAACGGAGAGGGGGAAAAGGGAGAAAGACAAAAGGAAAUGGGGGAGAAGGAAGAGGGGGAAAAGGGAAUGGGGGAAAAGGAAAUGGGGGAGAAGGGAGAGGGGAAGAAAGGAGAAGUGGAAAAGGGAGAGGGGAAAACGGAAGUGGGGAGAAAGGGAAAGGGGAAGAAAGGAGAAGGGGAGAAGGGAGAGGGGGGAAAGGGAGACGGGAAAAAGGGACACGGGGAAAAGGGAGAGGGGGAAAAGGGAGAGGGGGAAAAGGGUCAGGGGGAAAAGGUUCAGGGGGAAAAGGGAGGUGUGUUAGAGACGAAAGAAGAGGAGAAAGGAGGAGUGGAGGUAGGCAGGGCGAAAGAAGCAGUAGUAGAGGGUAAGGCAAGCAUGGAUGUAGCAAGCAGUGCGGGGAAGGGGUGUAGGAGGCACUGGGAGCGUGGAGAGCCGGUGGUGGUACGGCAGGUGUUGGAUCUGAGGCAUGGGCUCAGUUGGGAGCCUCUGGUUAUGUGGAGGGCGUUUAGAGAGACGACGCCUGGGGCGCAGAUGAGUGAGAAGACCACCGUUGUCGCCAUUGACUGCCUUGACUGGCUUGAGGUGGAGAUCAACACGCGGCAGUUCUUUGAGGGCUACUGGUCGGGGCGCAUGCACUCGUCCUGCUGGCCGGAGCUGCUGAAGCUCAAGGACUGGCCGCCCGCGUCCUUCUUCCACGUGCGCCUGCCCCGCCACGGCUCUGAGUUCAUCAACGCGCUCCCCUUCCAUGCCUACCUGCAUCCCGAGGAGGGCGACACGAAUGUGGCUGCGACGGCUGCGGCGCCUAAGGGGAGUUUGCGGCCGGACCUGGGGCCCAAGACGUAUAUCGCGUAUGGCGUGAGGGGCGAGCUGGGCGCGGGGGACUCGGUCACGAAGCUGCACUGCGAUAUGUCUGAUGCGUACUUUCUUUCCUCCUCUUCUUCCCCCCCCAUGUGUGUCCAGGUGAACGUGAUGACCCACUGCCAGGAGGUGCCUCUGAAGCCCUUUCAAGAGAAGCUCGUGCGGCGGGUGCGAGAGGAGGUGGAGAAGGUUAGGGCGAAGGGAGGAGAGAGGGGGAGUGAGAGGAGAAUGGUAGGGAAGGAGAGGAAGGAGAAGGAGAGGAAGGAGAAGGAGAAGGAGACGGGGAAGGGGAAGGAAGAGGUGGAGGAAAAGCAGGAGGAAAAGGAGGAGGAGAAGGAGAAGGGCAAGGGAAAGGAGAAGGAGGAGAAGGAGAAGGAAAAGGAGAAGGAGGAGGAGGAGGGGGGGAAGGAGAAGGAGGAGGGGGAGAAGGAGAAGAAGGACAAGGAGAAGGAGAUAAAUCUUGGUGAUGCGCUGUGCCUUCUGCAUUCUGCUUUCCCUCAGCACCCAUCUCCAUCUGCUGCUGCUCCUGCUUCUCCUCUCCAUGCCACACCAUCCAAGCCUUUGGCAGUGACGGGAGGUGAUGUGAAAGUCCCACCUGUUCUUGCUGCUGGUGCGGCUGUGACUGGCGUUGAUAACAAGGGGUUUCAGAAGCAGAAGGAGGUGAAAGAAAAGGAGAACGGUAAAUCGGAGAAGGAAGAGGAAGAGGAAGAAGAGGAGGAGGUGGAGGAGGAUGAGGAGGAGAGGGAAGGGGCGUGGUUCAACGAGAGGGGAGGGGCGCUGUGGGAUAUAUUCCGGCGGGAGGACGUGGGCCUGUUGAGGCAAUACAUUCGAGAGCACAAGCAUGAGUUCACCCACCUCCACAACAAGCCUCUAUCCUCGCUAGAGCAUGAGGUUCACGACCAGACCGUGUAUCUCUCCAACCAUCACAAGCGCCAGCUGCAAGAGCAAUACGGAGUGCAAGCAUGGACGUUCCAGCAGCAGAGAGGCGACGCAGUGCUCGUGCCGGCUGGUUGCCCGCAUCAAGUCAGAAACCUCCAGUCGUGCAUGAAGGUGGCAGUAGACUUUGUGUCGCCUGAGAGCAUGUCAGAGUGCGUUGCACUCACACACGAGUUCCGAAUGCUGCCCUCUGAUCACCGCGCCAAGGAGGACAAGCUCGGG